AUGUCAACGCCCAUGGAUAUUGACGACGUUCCACCUGCCAACGAGCAGAGUGAGGAGCCAGAACAACAAAAAGAAGUCGUCAAAGGCAAAGGAAAGGCCAAGGACGUUGGUGAUAAGAAGCGAUUCGAAGUCAAAAAGUGGAAUGCUGUUGCACUCUGGGCUUGGGACAUUGUCGUCGAUAAUUGCGCCAUUUGCAGAAAUCACAUUAUGGAUUUAUGUAUUGAAUGUCAAGCGAACCAGGCUUCGGCUACUUCCGAAGAGUGCACAGUCGCGUGGGGUACUUGCAACCACGCUUUCCAUUUCCACUGUAUAUCCCGCUGGCUCAAGAGUCGUCAAGUAUGUCCCUUGGACAACCGUGAAUGGGAAUGGCAAAAAUAUGGACGAUAA